AUGAACUCCAAAUCACAAUCGGAUCUCGAGAUGGACGGCAAAGCCGAGCAUGAGGAAUGCGGAUCGCCGCCAUUGCAAAGCAUGGAGAAUCAAAAGUUGACCAGACGGCUAUUAUUAAAGCUUGACACUCGCGUUCUCCCUAUUCUGGCCCUCCUAUUUCUUUGUUCCUUCCUAGAUCGAACGAAUGUUGGGAAUGCCCGGAUUCUGGGCUUGGAAGACAGCCUGCACUUGUCCGAUAAACAAUACACAACCGGGUUGGCCGUCUUUUAUGCGACCUAUGUCGCUAGCGAACUGCCAAGCAACCUGCUCCUCAAGAAGGUUUCCCCUAAAAUUCUCCUGCCAUGCCUGACAGCUCUGUGGGGAAUCAUCACCAUGUGUCUCGGAUUCGUGACUGGGCCUGGCAGCUUUAUCGCAGUCCGUGCUCUUUUGGGCAUCGCUGAAGGUGGAUUGUUGCCUGGCAUGGUAUUGUACCUGUCAAGUCUUUACACACGUGGAGAAUUAGCACUGCGAAUUGGCAUAUUCUAUUCGGCCGCGUCUCUGUCCGGGGCGUUCGGAGGCCUCCUUGCUCGUGGACUCUCGGCAAUCGGGCCACGCGCUGGCAUCGAAGGCUGGCGUUGGAUUCUCAUUAUUGAGGGCCUUUUGACCGUAGUUGCAGGCUUCAUUGCAUUUCUUGGUCUUCCCAAUAAUGUAGCGACUGCACGGUACCUUACUCAGGAGGAGCGGGAUUGGGCGAUGAAGAGACUAGCCGAGGACUCGGACGGCCGGUUUAAUCUCGCGAAAGAAAAAGAUGAAAAGUUUAGCUGGAGCGAAGUUCGACGUGGUGUGUUUAACCUCCAAGUUUGGUUAACAUCCACCGCAUAUUUUGCCAUUCUCUCGGGACUGUACUCUUUUGGACUUUUUCUGCCAACCAUUGUCAAUGCCCUCAAGAUUACAAGCAGCGCCAAUCAAACACAACUCUGGACAGUUAUACCGUAUGCCGUAGCAACUCCAAUUACAGUGUUGGUCGCAUUUCUGUCCGAUCGCCUGAAACUAAGAGGCGCAUUGAUGCUUUGCAUUCUUCCAAUAGCUAUCGUAGGCUAUGCAGUUAUUGCCAACACCACGGGCCCCUCAGUCCGAUUUGCCAUGACGUGCUUGAUGGCUAUCGGUCUUUACUGCUCCGUGCCCUGUGUGCUAGUUUGGAACUCAAAUAAUUCAGCAGGCCAUUAUAAAAGAGCGACAACGUCGGCUCUCCAAUUGGCCGUCGCGAAUUGUGGUGGAUUUGUAGCCACAUUUGUAUAUCCAAGCAAAGAUGGCCCAAACUAUCACCGUGGACACACCAUUAUUAUGGGACUUUUAUGUUAUGCAUGGGUAGCACUCCUUGCCAAUGUUUUGUGGUGCGCCAAGAUUAAUCGCGACAAGAGAUCAGGCAAACACGACCAAUACACGGGAUACGGCGAUGACCGUGAUCCGGAGUUUAGAAUGGUUUUAUAA